GCAGGCGAAUGCAGAGAAACAGAAUGUUACUGUACUAGAAAUAAACUAGAAGAUUUUAAAAAAUAUGAUACGAUUCUUAAAGAAAUAUCAUCAAAUUCAUCAGAAGUAGCAGAAAACGUCUAUGAUUUGCCUACAAAUGCAUAUUGUAAAACUGAAAUUGGCGACGGUUAUUGUGAAUAUUUCUGUCAGAGCCUUAACUUUGAGAGAGGAAAAUGCACUGAGGAUAAAUGCCAUUGCAUGCAAAAGACUUCAACAUGGAAAGAAUUAUCACGUGAAGUCAAAAAAAAUUACAAGAAUUCUAUUUGUUCAAAGGAGUCAAACUCAAAGUCAUGUUCGAGGUACUGUUGGCGAUUUGAAGAUAGUUUAGGGUCUUGCUAUGAAGAUAAAGGUCAUAGAAAAUGUGUUUGUGAUUAUGAAAAAGAAGUUGAUGAAGAUACAGAAAUUAUCAAAGAAAUUGAGGAAUUAUGUGAAAAUGACAUUAGAAAAAAUAUUGACUGCAGGCAUAAAUGUAAAGAAUUAAAUUUCAAAGAUGGUGCUUGCUCUGUAACUGAUGUUGAAAUAUCAUGUAAAUGUCAAGAUCAUUCUAACAAAUGGGUAUCAUUAUCACCAGACAAAUUCUACGAUGAGGGUGAAAGAAUUGAUGAUUAUGAAGAAUUUAUUAAAAAUAUUAUUGAGAACCAAUGCCAACCAGAAGAGUGUGAUGUGGCAUGUCACAGCUUCAAACAAUUUUCCGGAAAAUGUGAUGAAGGAAAAUGCUUAUGUGAAAUUUCACGAGAUUCCAAAAUAUACCGUUCUUUCGAAGAGAUUGUAAACGAAGUAUUCCGAAUCGAAGAAGAAAUUUAUCCAUCUUUGGAUCAUUGUUCUUUACAUUGUAAUAGGAAAUGUUUAGAGGUCAAUUAUAAGGCAGGUGAAUGCAGAGAAAAAGAAUGUUACUGUACCAGAAAUAAAUUAGAAGAUUUUAAAAAAUAUGAUGAAAUACUUAAAGAAAUAUCAUCAAAUUCAUCAGAAGAAUAUGAUCGUGACUGCAAUUGGGCAUGUAAUAAACAUUGUACACAAGUAGGCCUAAAUAUUGGUCUAUGCCAGCAAAAUAAAUGUUAUUGUUCGAGUAAUAAUCUGGAUGACUUUCAUAAAUAUCAAGAUCUUCUGAGAAAUGAUAUCCCUCAUUCCUCUGUUUGUAAAAAUGACUUCGGCGAAGGCGACUGUGUAUAUCAAUGUCUUGGACUAGGAUAUCAUAAUGGAAGAUGUACCCAAAAUACUGGAAAUAAACCAAAAUGUCAAUGCACUCAAGAUCAGAAAUACUGGGAAGAUUUAACCUUCGAUGUUGAAAAUGAUUACAAAAAUUCGGUUUGUAAUAAAAAUAUCGACGAAAAUGAAAAAUGUUCUAGAUACUGUUGGAGAUUUUAUAGAUCAGAAGGAAAAUGCCUUGGAAAUUCAUGCCAAUGUAGCGACACAGAUCAUAGUGACGUCGAAAUAGAAAAUAAUAUUUAUGAGUUAUGUGAACAUGAAGAGAGAUCCAAUAUUGAUUGUCUGUAUAAAUGUAUCGAAUUGGGCCAUGAAAAUGGAACUUAUGACAUAGAAAACUUCGAAAAUAUGAUUAUAGAAGAUGUUUGUGAAAUAACAGAGUGUGAUAUCGCAUGCCAUAGACAAAAUCAGUUUGCCGGAGUUUGUCUGGAGGAUGUAUGUUCAUGUAAAGUUUCUAAACACCAAGAACAAUUUCGUGAAUACAAAGAAAUUGUUAAGAGAAGAACAAUUGAUAUUCUUGAGCAUCAUUUAGAAGAUAAAUGCAAUAGAGACUGUGAAACUGAUUGUGUCUCUAUCAAUAAAAAAGCUGGUAAUUGCUUUAAGGGCGUAUGCCAUUGCAUUGGUUAUAGAGAUACAGAUUGGCGUAAAUAUGACGAUUUAUUAAAUGAGGUUUUGAUCCAACCAGGUGAACAUGAGAGGGAUAUACUAGAUAAAUGCACAGAUAAUGAUUUAUGUUCAAGAGCUUGUGAAGCUAAUCAUUGGGAUAAGGGUGUAUGUGAGAAUUUGAGAUGUAUCUGUACAGACAAAAAAGAUAAACAAGAUCUAGAAGAUGUAAUUACUGAAAUUGAGGAGCACGAGGAAGACAAUCAUCUAUUAGAAUGCAUAAAAGAACAAUGUGAUAUGCUUUGCAAAAAAGAAAAUUAUCAUAAUGGUCGGUGCGACAAAGAUACGUGUGAAUGUUAUGACAAAACUGGAAAUAGAAAAUAUUUAGAUCAUAUCAGAGAUGAUUACAGAGAUUGUGUGGAAUCAAAAUACUGUGAAAAUGAGUGUAUUCACAGAAAAUGGAAAGCAGGGCAUUGUGAGCGUAAUAGGUGUCAAUGUGUAACACCAAAUGGUGCUGUGAAUUAUUUGAAAGAUAUUAAAGAUUAUGAACUAGUCCCUAUCGAAGACGAUUCUCUUUGCAAUGAAGCAAAACAUCACGAAUGCGACGACAAAUGUCAUGCAUUAAGAUUAUAUGCAGGCCAUUGCAAACUCGGAAACUGCGAAUGUCAAAGAACUGAAACCCGUACAUUGUGGCAAUCAUAUGAAAAAAUAAUAGAAAAUAAAGAAACUGUUUUCAGAACUGAGAGAAAUACAUCGUUCCCUGCUGUGACUUGUACUGAACAUAAAGAUUGCGAAGAAGAAUGCAGAGGUAAAUAUGGUGCCAAAUCCGGAAUUUGUAGUUUCGGCAAAUGCGAAUGUCAAUUAGAUGAUAACAAAUGGCAAAAACUGUGGGAACUUGCAAAUUUAGAAAGAAUCAAAGAACUAGACCAAAUUUUAACUGAUGAACUGAAUGGAAACUGUUUUGAUUAUCAUUGCACAUUAAUGUGUAAAUCUUAUAAUCGUCCAUAUGGAAAAUGUGAAGACAAAAUGUGCAUGUGCACUAGUAAUGAAAUAGAUACAAGCAACCAGUUGGAAACAUCAACACUUCAACAAAUCGUAAAGAAAGAAACAACUAUAAGAGAAUUAACAUAUAAUGAAACAGAAAUACUAUAUACUUCAUGUUUUAAUGGAAAUACAUGCAAGCGAAUGUGUCAAUGUUUCCGCCAAAGUUAUGGAAAUUGCAACGAAAAUCAAUGCCAAUGCAUGGAUAAUUUUGAAAGAACGCAUUGGAGAUCCUUUAAAGAAGUUAUAUAUCAAGAAACUCAUACAGUGGUGAAAACCUAUGAAGAGUAUCAAAGGUAUGUAUCGAAUCAAUUAGAUAAGGAAAAGCAGCCAAUGUGCAUUAGUGGAGUUGACAAAAAAGGUUUAUGCAAUGAUAAUUGCAAAACUUAUAAGCAAUUUGAUGGCAAAUGCAAAAAAGUUAACGGCUGCUAUUGCAGAAAAACGAUAACAAGUUCUUGGAGAAGUUACGAAGAAGUUAAAAACCAUGGAGAGCGAGAAAAUGUUCUUAACAAACUCUACCACGAUUGUGAUGAUACAAAUAAAUGUAGAGAAGAAUGUCAAUCUGUUGGUCGUUUUAAUGGAAAAUGUUUGGAAAACCAAUGCAGUUGCUCGGAUGAUACGAACGUUGGCAAUCAUCAACUGUUAGAAAAUUUGAUUAAAUACAGAGGCAAGAUAAUUUAA